UGGGCAGUGGGGCUAGGCAGCCAUUUCAUGAAGAGUGGCUCUUGCAGAGCGUGAGGUGCAUUGGUGGGGCUGGGAGCUGCUCAGGUGGAGGUGAGGCAGGAGGAGCAGCACCUAGGUUGGAGCAGCAACUGAAGAUGUCUUCGUGCUGGUGGAAAUGUUGCCUGUUAGGUUUGCUUUAUCUGAAACCCCGCUGAGGAAGAGGAGAAAGAUCAUGGCUCCACAGAGGAUCUGAUGCAGCCUGUAGUGAUCUCCUUAUGUAUUCAGCCAAAGACCAGAAGACAUGACCAAUUCGGGAAGGUGCUUUGCAGAGAGGUUAGAGAAGAACAAUGUGUUUUGAUACUUCCAAGGCUAAAAAGACAAAGAAACUUCCCAUUGACCUGCAGCUCAGCGAAGUACCCUGGAGGGAUUGAUAUCAACCUGGAAUUCUCUUGGUGUUUGCACAUCUGCCUUCCCAAGAAUUUGGUGUCUCCUUUUUGGAACCAGGAAACAAGAAAGCCCCACAGAGAGGAAACAGAGAUGAAGGUACACAUGCACACAAAAUUUUGCAUCAUUUGUUUGCUGACAUUUAUUUUUCAUCAGUGCAAUCAUUGCCAUGAAGAUGGACACGACCAUGGUCCUGAAGAGGAACGUGUACACUACCAUAAUUACUAUCAGAUCUCGGAGGCACCCUACCACCAGAAUGCAGGAACAGAGUCUAUGCCGAGUAAAUUUUCAGCUUUGGAAGCUGAAAAUGAGCAAAAAUACUACAUUGAAAAGAUUUUUGAUCGCUUUGGUGAAAAUGGAAGAUUAUCCUUUUUUGGCCUGGAAAAACUGUUAAUAAGCCUUGGUUUAGGAGAAGUAAGAGUAGUGGUGAUAAAUCAUGAUGAUAUUGGCCAUGAUCAUGUUUCUCACCUGUAUGCUUUAGAUGUACAGGAAGGAAAGCAUUUUCACUCUCAUAACCAUCCUCAUAGCCACUCAGAUUCAGAAAAUCAAACCAUGGUUGGUAUGGCUGCAAAGAGAAAUCAUAAAUGUGACCAUGAGAGAGAUGCAGCUCUGUCAUCUAUAAAAGGUGAUGGGAAACACAUUCAUGACCAGAGUCACCAUCACCAUCAUCACCAUCCUCAUCUGCACCAUCAUCUUGACCAUAAUGGUACACAUCAUUCUCGCAAUGAUUCAGUUGGUCAUAGUGAGCAUGGAGAACAGAACCAUGGACCUUCAACAGAGACAAACACAACACAGGAUCAGCGUGAAAGAAAACAACGGAAACAGAAGAAGAAACGAAAGAAAAUCAGUGAGACUUCAGGAGAUACUACGCAAGAUUAUGCUCCAGAUCAUCAUCCAGGUGAUCAGUAUGAGCACAAUCGUGUUCAUAAACAUGAUCACGUACAUGAUGCAUCUCAUGUGCAUGUACACCAUCAUGAACACGGUAGUGAUCAUUCUACUAGUCACGGACAUCAAGAUUCCAGUCUAGGUAAUGAGGAUGGACAUCACCAUACCAGCAAGCGAGAGGCACCUCGCAAGCAGAUGGGUGUAAGAAAACACACUACUUUUUCAGCACGUAGUCAUAAGGAUCAUAAUGAAGAUGAACGUGAUCGUGAAGAGUGCUUGAAUGUAACCCAGCUGCUACGACAUUAUGGUCUGGAAACCAGCUCUCCAAUAUCUCCUGAAUUGUUUACAUAUAUGUGUCCUGCUCUGCUAUACCAAGUUGAGAGAAGACUUUGUAUUGUACAUUAUGAUGAGCUUGAAGAUUUUAUGAAAAGUAAAACUGCAUCAAUUCAGAAUAAAGAUAAAACAGGUGCUUCAGCCUGGUUUUGUGGUAUCAUCUCUAUCACCGUCAUUAGCCUGCUUUCCUUGCUAGGUGUGAUCUUGAUUCCCAUCAUUAACCAAUGGUGCUUCAAAUUUCUUCUAACUUUCUUGGUAGCUCUGGCUGUAGGAACAAUGAGUGGAGAUGCUCUACUCCACCUGUUGCCACAUUCACAUGGAGGCCACAACCACAGCCACCACCAUGGCCAAGGUCACGUUCAUGAACACAGGCAUUCUCAUCGACAUGCCCACCCACAUGGAAUAGGGACUGAAGGCUUUCUAGAAGAAAAUGAUCCAGUGUUGAAAGGUCUUGUGGCACUUGGAGGCAUUUAUGUCUUGUUCAUCAUUGAACAUUGUAUAAGAAUGUACAAGCAUUACAAUAAACAAAAGAGUCAGCAGAAAUGGUGCAAGAAAAAGCCAACUGAAGAAUCACCAAUUGGAAGGAAACUCUCAGAUCACAAAUUAAAUAAUAGACCAGAUGCUGACUGGCUUCAGCUCAAACCCCUUGCAGGAGCAGAUGACUCGGUUUUAUCUGAAGAUCGAUUUAAUGAAACUGAACUGACUGACUUAGAUGGCCAGCUGGAAUCCCCUCCCAAAAACUAUUUGUCUGUAGAAGAAGAAAACAACGUGCACCAUCCUCACAAUGAUGUUAUACGUGCUGCUCAAGAGCAUGAUGUUCACGAUUCAGAGUAUGACAGCCAUGGUGAAGAUAAAAUGAUAGCUAGGAAACACAGUCACCACUGGCAUCACAAACAUUCGCAUCAUUCCCAUGGCCACUGCCAUUCUGGAAAAGACCUGAAAGAUACAGGGAUAGCUAAUAUUGCUUGGAUGGUAAUUAUGGGAGAUGGAAUUCACAACUUCAGCGACGGCUUAGCAAUAGGAGCAGCUUUUAGUGCUGGACUGACAGGAGGAAUCAGUACAUCUAUAGCAGUAUUUUGUCAUGAGCUUCCCCAUGAAUUAGGUGAUUUUGCUGUGCUUCUUAAAGCUGGCAUGACGGUAAAGCAAGCUAUUGUGUACAACCUCCUGUCUGCCAUGAUGGCUUACAUCGGGAUGCUGAUAGGCACAGCGGUGGGACAGUAUGCGAACAACAUCACCUUGUGGAUCUUUGCGGUCACUGCAGGCAUGUUCCUCUAUGUGGCACUGGUUGAUAUGCUUCCAGAAAUGCUUCAUGGAGAUGGAGAUAAUGAAGAGCAUGGCUAUUGUCCUGUGGGACAGUUCAUUCUUCAGAAUCUAGGCCUGCUUCUUGGAUUUGCCAUCAUGCUGGUGAUUGCCCUCUAUGAAGACAAAAUUGUGCUUGACAUCCAGUUUUGACCUAAUUCUGAUGCUAAACAUGUAUUGUGUGCCACUUGCACCAUAAACUACUGAAGAAUUGUGGCUGAGAAUGCGUGCAAACUACCUUUUAGCAGAGAAUCCAUAUGGGAAUUAUUCCGUUUUUUAACGGUUGUUUUGGAUUUUUUUUCUCCUCUUUAUGUUAAAAAAGGAAGUCCAAAGUGGAAGAUGCUAGUUACUGAACCUGGGCGCAAAAGUUAAAUUAUGGUCUGUGUAUGUAGUACUGGUGGGUUAUUUGCAAUACUAUAAUACCAGAUCAAAAUCUGUUUCUACAAUGCCUCAACAUCAGACAUGGUAGCACCAGCCAUCUCACAGUGGAGAGUAAGAAAGAUUUCUACUUACAGCAUAAAGGAGUUCAUUUCUAUGAUUUUUUCUUACAAUUUGGGUAUUUAGAUUAUUAAAAAGCAGAUGUGGUAGAUCUGUUGUACGUGUCAUUUGAAAGGACAGACUGAGAAUUUGGGCCUUAAUUUGCUGGGAUCAGAUGUCUUAGGAUUUUGCCGAGAUGUUUAUAUUGCCAGAUGUGAGUUAGUUCUUCUUGUACCCAUCUCCUUGAAGAAAACACAAAGCAAAUCAGUGAGUUUGUGAGGAGUGCAAGUUGAUCCUGUAGUACCAGUCCUAAGCAUGGUAGUAGCCUUUUCUGGAACACACAGUUCGUCGUCUUCUUUGUGUAUGGCAGGUAAGCUGUAUUUUGACUAUGUGCCGUAAGUUUUGUUUCAGUCUGCUUGGUGCCAGUGUAGCUGCUAAAAACAUACUGAUCCUAACGCCUUUAAAGAGCACCAGUUGGUAUCUUCAUUCCAUUUCAAGUUUGUGUGUUUCUUGUGGCCUGUUACUUUUUGAAGCUUCAUGGGUCAAUUUAGUUUUUACCAAGAGCAGCUUGUAUAUUUUAAAGGUAUUGGGUUGGUUCUUGCCAGUAUUUCUUCCUAAUGCAGUAUCAAGAAACAGUAUUAAGGGUCCAUUUCAAAGAAGAGUGCAGUUUCUUCAGUGAAGAAGCCAAAAGCCCAGAGUUCAGGUAUACAGCCAUUCGAUGCUCAGAACUCAGGUUUCUUUGUUUUUCUUCUUUAAAUACAUUUACUAUUGGACCCUAAUUAGCACAAUGAUGUUAGCUUCAGUUUGCUGAACUUCUGCAAUGUAAAGAUCCUGGGUGACACUUUUUUCCUAGUGCCCACGUUAGGUCCCUGAGUACCUUUUUCAAAGAGACUUAAGUCACUGGAUAACUUCUGAGAAUUUUAACUUAAAGAACCAAUGUUGUUUAUGUAUUGAACUGACCCUUAAUUUUAAAUUUCUCUUAAUUUCUGUCAAGUAUAAGGGGUCAUGUGGUUGAACUGAUAUUGUCAAAUCAUUUUUUUAAGUUUAUUUCUUGUAAUACUUUUACAAAUGAAAUUUUCUUUAUUUCAGGUAGAAUAAUUACUUUUGUAUUAGUUGGAGUAUGGUUUUAGCUUAAUACACUGCCUAUAUAGGGAAUAUAGUAAAUUUCCUUCCAACACCAUCUUCAGACAAGGGAAAAAAUGGUCCUUGAAGGCAGGUACUGCAUUUUUCAUUAAAUACAUUGUUUUUCUUUUAUUUUCUAGUAUUUAUUACAACUUAUGAAGAACAGUGUAACAGCUGUGACUUCUGUAGAUUUCUACCAGUACUGAAUUCCAAAUCAUUCUAAUGUACGCUUUUAAGUCAUGUUACAGACAAUCUGAAUUCCACUACAUUUCUACUUGGCUUCAACAUUCCAUUCUGCUUGGAUCCAGAGUCUCAUUUAACUUGUAUUUGUUGGAGGGCAUGUUACUUGUAUAUUACAAUGCUGUCACUGUGUGACAUCCCAUAUGAAUUUUGAUGUAGAUCACAUUGCACUCAAUCCGCUGUGAUUAUGCUUAGAAAAUAUUGUAGUUGCUAGAUGCAGUGUGAUUUUUGUUUUUAUUUUUUCCCCUCCAGUUAACAAUUGAGUCUAUGGUUUCAAAUGUGAUUAUGGUCCUAUAAGAUACAGCUGCGCUAUCAGUUUUUUGUUAUAACUAAAUCAUUUUUAAAAAUUUUAUAAAGCUGGAAAAAGAUCAAAUGCUGUUUUGUUCAUUGUCAACAGUGUUGUGUUCAUUUUAUGUAUGUUCCUUAUAAAUAAGGAGCCUUCAAAAAAUAAAAUUAUUCAAGGAGCA